AAAAAGAAGAAGAAGAAGGAUAAGAAAAUGGAUGAAGAGAAGAGUGAGCUUAGCAGUGUUACUGCUCUUUCAGCAGCUGGUGGCGAGAUCACAGGAACCAGCGCUGACGGAGAUAAAAAGAAAGAUGAAGAUGCUGACAAGGCCAAGGCCAAAGAGCUUAAAGCUGCAGGAGCUUCAGCUGGGGGAGCAGAGGCAUUCCCUGAUGCUAUUGAGGAAGGCCACCUGAGUGAUGAUGAGGGAGAAGGAGGCAAGGAGAUGGAUAAGAAGAAGAAGUUAAAGAAGAAGAAGAAAAAGGACUCUGGUUCAUCUUCAGACAGUGAUGAUGACAAAAAAGAUAAGAAGAAGAAAAAGAAGAAGGAAAAGGACUCCUCCAGCUCCUCUUCAUCUGAUAGCUCCUCUUCAGACAGUGAAGAUGACAAGAAGAAGAAGAAGAAAAAGAAGAAGAAGAAGAAGAAGAAGUCCUGCUCUUCUGAUGAUAGCUCUUCUUCUUCCUCAUCCUCCUCUUCCUCUGAGAGUGAAGAUGACAAGGAUUCUUCUUCUUCUUCUUACUCCUCCAGCGAUUCUUCUAGUGAUGAUGACAAGAAGAAAAAGAAGAAGAAGAAAAAGGAUAAAAAGAAGAAGAAAAAGAAAGACAAGAAAAAGGACUCAGAUUCUUCUAGCAGUGAUGAUGACAAGAAGAAGAAAAAGAAGAAGAAGAAAGACAAGAAGAAGAAAAAGAAGAAGGACAAAAAGAAGGACUCAAGCUCCAGUUCAUCGAGUUCCUCUGAUAGUUCCAGUGACAAGGAAAAUAAAAAGGAGAAGAAAGACAAAAAGAAGAAGAAGAAAAAGACUUCGGGUUCAUCAGGAAGUGAAACUGAGGAGAAGAAGAAGAUCGAAAGCCCAGAUGGUGGGCAAAGUGGCGAGCCGAAAAUGGAAGUUUCAGGUUCAGGUAGUGGUGGACUUUCUGCUAGCAGCAGCAGCAGUUCCAAGCCUGGCGGUACUACAGUCUCCUACGUGUCACUCCCCUCUAAACCCGUCUUGAAGCUGGAUCCUCUUCCUCCCUCAGCUGUCUCCAAGCCCUCUGUCUCUGGCUCCUCACUGAGUAUUGGGGAAAGGUCCCCCAUUCGCAGACCUGUCAGCCCCAUGGAGUCCCUGAUGGGGAGCCCAAGGAGGUAUGGAGAUGGAGGGACCCGUUCCACUACCCACCUCACCUCAAGUGAUCUACUGAGAGGCCCCAAACCUUACAAAUGAUGACAUGUCAUAGAUUAAAAUCAUAAUGUUAACGAUUUUUAAAAAGUUUGUUUAAAUGACAUUGGAGGAAGUUGAAUGUGAUGAUGAGCUAUGCUCCAAUGAUGCUGUCAGUACCCUGAUUUUAUGCAAGAAAAAGAUUCACACGUGGUGUGUUUUGUGUUCAAGAUAAUUAUAACAUGAAAAAUUAUUUUAUAUAUUUUUUUAAUUGGUAAGAAAGGAAAGGAAAGGAGAUUUGUGGAGGAAAUGUCAAUUCACAAUCACAUGAAAUAAUGUCAAAUGCUUGCUUUGGGGAAUAAAACUGUGAUUUUA